CCCCCAUGCACCCCAGUCCCGGCGUCUCUAAGGACCCUGGAGACCUCGGUGUCCAGCGUGGCCACAGGCGCAGCCCUGAUCCACGUGUCGGCACGGUGCCACGCCGCAUACCUGGCCCCACGCCUGCCCCUGGUCACGCCCACCACCUUCCUCGACCUGCUCGACGCCUUCCUCACCCUGUCGACCCAGAUGCAGGCGCAGACCCAGGCCCAGGCCUACCGGCUGCGGGCCGUCCUGGACAAGCUGCAGGAGGUGAGCGAGAGGCAGCAGGCGCGGGGCCAGGAUGUCCGCGUGCUGCAGGAAAAGCUGCGCAAGGCCAAGGAGAAAGUGGUGCGGUGCCGGCGCAGGGCAGAGCAGGAGGAGGCGGUGCAGCGGCAGCAGGAGCAGGACUGCCAGCAGCGCCAGGCGCGGCUCGAGGACCUGGCCGCCGAGCACAGCCGGUUGGAGCGAGCCCAGGAGGAGGCCUUGGAAAAGGUGACCCGUGCCUGGGACCGCGACCGCAAGCCGCAGGACCCGGCCUCGCGCCAAGCCGCCGCGCUGCUCCAUGCCGCUGCCCGCAUCUGCCCCCGCCGCUGGCCACUGCUGCUCGACCCCGACCAGCAGGCCCUCACCUGGCUCAGCACCGUUCCCCGGGCCAAGGACGAUGAGGCCUGCGCCAACCCGGACGUGCGGCUGGAGACCACAGAGCCCAGCAGUGCCGCCGAGCCCCCGGAGCAGACGCUGCAGGUGCUGUCGGCGAUGGACCCCGGUCUGGAGGAGAGUCUCCGGGCAGCCGCCGGCAGCGGUCUGCCCAUCCUGCUGCUGCACGCGGAGAAGAGCCCAGAAAGCCCCAUCCUCCAGCGCCUGCUGCAGAAGGAGGCGGGCCCGGAGCUGGCACCGGGCGAGGCCGUGCAGAUGCUGCCCUCCUUCCGCCUCUACCUCAGCACCAGCCUGCCCCUGCACACCCUGGGCCAAGAGAUGGAGCGAGCCCUACUGCCCAGCCUGAACGUGGUGGACCUGAGCCUGGGUGAGGGGGCGCUGGAGGAGCUGCUGCUGGAGGAGCUGCUGCUGGUCGAAUGCCAUGAGGCCCAGAGCCACUGGCGCCGGCUGGAGCUGAGUGUCCUGCAGGUGGAGGAUGAGCUGGCGUGUGCCGAGGAGGAGCUGAUACAGCUGAUCUCAGCGCCAGAGCAGGCUCUGCUGGAGACGGAGGCAUUCCUCCCCAUGGUGCAGCUGCUGGACACGCAGGUGGAGAUGCUGCCCCCCAGCCACGAACACCUGUGCUCCCUGCGCCAGGGCCACCGCGCGAUACGCGAGCAGUACCGGCCGGCUGCACGCCUGGGUGCCGCGCUGCACCAAGCCCUGCGCCAGGUCUGCCGCCUGCAUCCCCUCUACUGCUGCAGUGCCACCGCCGGCCUGGCUGCUGCCCGCCGUGGCCUGCUGGUCACCAGAUGGGGAGGCACCAGGCGGCAGGAGGCACUGGAGGCCCGGGUGAUGGAGCUGCGCAGGGCCCUGGCAUGGGCGCUGCUGACCUACGCCCAGCCUGGCCUGUGGGAGCGCCACGAGCUGCUGCUGGCCCUGCUCGGUGCUGUGGCCCUGCAGCGCCUUGACGGCCACUUCUCCUCACUGGCCUGGCUGGCCUUCUGCCAGGGCCUGCGGGCACCCACCGCCACCCGCCUGCUGCCCCUGCCGCCCGGCACCCCACCAUGCCCAGCCUGGGUGGACGCCGAGGCCUGGGAGGAGUGUGGGCGAUUGGAGGCACUGCCUGCCUGCCAGGGGCUGCAGGUGGCACUGGCAGGCAAGGCGGCAGCAUGGCAGGAGUACCUGCGCCUGCACUGCACCAUGGUGGGCCCUGUGCCAGGCCCCAGCCACGCUGGCCUUGGAUCCUUCCAGCGCGCCCUGCUGUGGCGUGUGCUGCGCCCAGGCCAACUCUGCAGCGUGGCCGCUGACCUGGCUGCCUGCCUGAUGGGGCGUCCCAUGGCCGAGGCGGCUGCCCACAGUGCUGCCACCCUGUAUGACCACAGCCAGAGCCACGUGCCCAUCCUCUUCCUGACACCGCUGCCUGGCACUGCAGCCGCCACCCCCCACCCACUGCACUGGAUCCAGCAGAUGGCCCGGCAGCAGCACCACGAGGUCGGCGUGGCAGGCGAGGGACAGCCUGGGGGAGCUCAGUGGGCGCAGCUCUGGGUGACACCUCUCUGCUUGCCACAGGGGAAGGUCAUGGUCGUCACGCUGGGGGCACCCAACUGCCUGCAGCGGGUGGGCGAGGCCCUGGGCACCUGUGCAAGGAGGGGGCAUUGGCUGGUGCUGGACAACUGCCACCUGCAGACACACUGGCCGCCCGCCAUGCUGGCACCACUGCAACAGCUGCUGGGUGUCUCCCAGGGUCCUGCGAAGCCGGCAGCAGUCGCCGCAAAAGGGAAGAAGCUCCACCCCAAGUUCCGCCUCUGGCUCAUCGCGGACGCCCGGCUCCCAUGUCCCCUGCCAGGGGCCCUGCGCCAGAGCGUGGUGACCGUGUGCUGCGAGACGCCGAUGGACCUACCGGGUGCCCUGCUGCGCGUCCACAGCCUGGCCCAGGACCAGCAGGCCUGGCGGGUGCAGCCCGAGCGGGGGCUGCCACUACUAGCCCUGCAUGCCGCCCUCCUGCACCGCCAGCACUACGGGCGCAGGACCCAGGCUGCCCACUACUUCUGGACUGAGGCUGAGCUCUUUGCCGGGCUGCGGGCACAGGAGCGGCUUUCACAGGUGGUGUCCAACCCGGAGGCGGCCCUGCAAGAGCUGGCAGGCUCCAUUUUCUAUGGGGGCCACAUCCUGGAUGCGGGGGAUGCGGCUGUUGUGCAGACCCUGAGCCAGCAGUGCCUGAGCCAGGACCCCCACUUGCCACCCGCCCGUGGGGUCCAGACCCUCUGCGCUGCCGUUGCCGGCACCACAGCCCUGGGUAAGGCUGAGCCCUUGCACCCACUAGGCCAGGGGCUCCCUCCUUCACUGGGGCUGCUGGUGCAGCAGGGCCUGGAGAUGGUGCGGGAGCUGGAGGCGGCGCUGCAGCAGUGCCUGCCCUGUGGCCCCCAGCGCCCGCCCCCUCGGCCCCUGCUGCGGUUCCUGCUGGAUGAGGCUGGGAACCUGGCGGCCCUGCUGCGCCAGGUGGGCGUGGACCUGCGCUGCACCCAGCAGCAGCUGCAAGGGGCGCCCUGCACAGUCCCCCGCUGCACCGCAGUGCUGCGGGCCCUGGGCCGCGACCGCCUGCCCCACGUCUGGCUGCCCCCCACACCCACCGGGCCCCAGCACCCCAGCGCCUGGCUAGAGACACUGCGGAGCCGCGGGCAGUUGCUGUGCAGCUACCUGGGGGCAGGCACGGGGCCGCCAGCCCCACUCUACCACCUGGCCGCCUUCCAGCACCCCCGGCGCCUGCUGCUGGCCCUGCUCCAGGACACCGCACGGGCCGAGAACCAGAGCCUGGAGCAGCUCCAUCUCAGCCCCCAGGUGCUACCAUCCUGUGUCUCACGCCACAGCCACAGGUCCGGGCUCCUGCUGGGUGGUCUGGAGCUGCGCAAUGCAUGGUGGGAUGAGGACAGGGCCCGGCUUCAGGCUACGCACAGCACCCAGCCCUGCCCGCUGCCCCUCGUCUGGGUGCAAGCCUUGCGCAAGGCGAGCCAGCUGCCAGGGGCCGGCGCCCUCCUGCCCCGGUACCACUGCCCCAUCUACGUGGGGCUGGUCCAGCAGCCCACAUGUCUGAAGAGCCACCGGGCUGUGCUGCACCUGGCACUGCCCUGCACCAUGCCACCCGCUUUGUGCAUGCAGCAUCGCCUGCAUAUCGUCAGCGUGCUGCCCUGAGACACCCCGCACAGGCCGCUACAGAAAUAGAAUAUAUUCGUGUACAAAA